AUGGAUGAUAAUUAUUUCACAAAUAUGGAUUCUAGUCGUGUCUUAAACUUUUUCGCAUAAAGUUAGAAUCUUAAAUUUUUUCAAAUCCAAAAAAUAAAUGAAGAAAUAAAUUGUUACAAAGAAGAAAUAUUUAGAUAUAGUAAUAUGGUAAACAAUUUUGUUCAUUAAUUACGAAUGUUAAUCCCAGAAGAUAAUAUUAAACUAAAAAAUAAAUCGAUUAAACAUAAAUGGAUUAAGUUAUUUGUAGACCAGAAUAGAAUGACAUAUUGGAUUCAUCAAGAUUAUUGCACAUAUUUAAUUUAUCAUAAAAUUUCUCUUCCAUAAAUAAAGAAGGAUCUCAAUUAACAAUAUAAUAUUAGAGAAGCUUUUGAAGAUAUUGUUACCGAAUAUAUUUUUGAAAUAAAUUAAAAGUUUUUUGAAUUCAUGUUAUAAGUAAAUCCAUAUUCUCAAGAUACAAUAUAAUUUAAAUUCGAUAAUUUAGGAUUCUAUUAAAUGAUCGAGUAUUUAUAUGAUAUAGACGAUAUUUUAACAGAAGAAGAAUUAUGUAAAAUUUUAUUUCAUAUAAAAAAAACAAUGGAUAACUUAAUAGAAAAUGAAAAUUAAAAAGUAAUUUAAAUAAUCUAAAAGUAAUAUAAAGAUUUUCUGGAAAAUACAGCAAUAGAUCCUUGCAGUUAUCCUCAAGACUUUAGUUAUAAUGAUUUUGGAGAUGGUUUAGAAACAGUAUAACUAAUAUCAAAAUAAGAUAAUAUACAAGCAAUUGAUGAAAGUUAGAACUUAGAUAUACUUGAAAAUGGAAUAUAUAGUUUCUAACAUAAAAAGACAAUAAUUAUCCUUGAAAUUUUCAACAAUUAAAAAAAUGCUUAUAUAAUCAAUGAAUUUGAAUAUUAUCAAAUAACUUCUAAUAUUAUUGAAAAACUCUAAAAGUUUACAAUAAAUAGAAUUAAAACAAUAAAAUUAUCUAUUAAGGAAGCUUAUAUUUUGAUCAAAAUGCUAAAGAAGAAAAAGUAGUUUGAAAAAUAUAAAAAUUAAACUUUAUAAAUAUAUAAAAAAAGUGAAUUUGAAGAAAUUAAUAGAGAAUUAAGUAAUUAAACAGAAUAAUUUUAAUAAAUUUAGUAAAAAAUAUUAUAAUUUGUUACUAAAAUAACUCCUUAAUCAAAAAACUACAAAGAUAUCUAUUCGUUAAAUUUUGUUGAAUUACUAAAAAAACAAGUUAAUUUUCAAAUAAUACCAAGUAAAGAAUUUGAUUAUGAUUUAAAAAAAAUAGAAUUUUAAGAAUAAAUUUUAGCAGAAGUUCUUGUAGAUAAAUAAUAAAAUACAUUAGGUGUAGUUGUAUAUAUAAAUAAAUAGUAAAUAUUAGUAUUACUAAAAAAUACAUAAGACAUUAAAAAUCAUGAUAAUAAAUUAGAUGAGGAAGAAUUUCGAAUUCAUUGUUAAAUGUCAAAUAAAUUUGAAAAUUCUAAAAGAACUUUAUUAAUAUAAACAAAUGUUAAAGAAAUUAAGCCAGGUGUUGCAUAAUUUUAUGUUUCAUUGUUGCUACAUAAAUAAGAAAAUAAUCUUUGUAAACAUAUAAAGGACUUUUUGGAAUUAAAAAGUAAUGUAUGGAUGGUACUUUUGAAUUUAUUAGUCUGA